AUGAGUUACUCCGGCGACAUUUACAGCAGCAGCUCCUAUCGGAAGAUCUUCGGAGAUGCCCGGUCCGGCCGCGUGGGUCUGGGCAGCAGCAGCAGCCCGUCCCGCCUGCACUCUGCGGGGUUCCGCAGCAGCCACCGCACCUACGGUUCCCCCUCGGUGAUGUCCUCCACCACCUACCGCAGGACAGCGGCGCCCGGCCGCGUCUUCUCCUCCAUGCCGGAAUCCGUGGUGGACCUGACCCAGUCCACCGCGGUCACCAACGAGCUCAAGAUCAUCCGCACCAACGAGAAGGAGCAGCUGCAGGGCCUCAACGACCGCUUCGUGUCCUUCAUCGAGAAGGUGCACAACCUGGAGCAGCAGAAUAAAGUCCUGGACGCAGAGGUCACGCUGCUGCGCCAGCGCAACAGCGAGCCCUCGCGUCUGCACGAGCUGUACGAGCAGGAGAUCCGCGAGCUGCGGGCGCGCGUGGAGGAGCUGACGCACGAGAAGAGCCAGAUGCACCUGGACUGCGUGCAGAUGAACGAGACCCUGGAGCGCGUGAGGGAGAAGCUGGAGGAGGAGACCAGGCUGCGCGAGGAGGCGGAGGGCACCCUGAAGGGCUACCGGAAGGACGUGGACGACGCCACCCUAGCGCGCCUGGAGCUGGAGAAGAAGGUCGAGUCCCUGCUGGACGAGGUGUCCUUCCUCAGGAAAGUUCAUGAGGAGGAGCUGCAGGAGCUGCAGGCGUCUCUGCAGGCCACACAGGUGUCAGUGGAGAUGGACAUGAGUAAACCCGACCUGGCUGCCGCCCUGAAGGACAUCCGGGCUCAGUACGAGAACCUGUCAGCCAGGAACCAGGCCCAGGCGGAGGAGUGGUACCGCUCCAAGUUUGCUAGCGUGACCGAGGCGGCCGCCCGCAACCAGGACGCCAUCAAGCACUCGAAGGAGGAGCUGAGUGAGUACCGCAGGCAGGUGCAGGCCCGCACCCUGGAGAUCGAGUCCCUCAGGGGACACAAUGAGGCCCUGGAGAGGCAGAUUGCAGAGAUGGAGGAUCGCCAUAACAAUGAAAUUGGAGAGAUGCAGGAUACCAUUCAGCAGCUGGAGGCUGCCCUGCGCAGCACCAAAGGAGAAAUGUCCCGUCACCUGCGUGAGUACCAGGACCUGCUGAAUGUCAAGAUGGCGCUGGACAUUGAGAUCGCUGCCUACAGGAAGCUGCUGGAAGGCGAGGAGUGCCGCCUCAGCUCUGUUGGUGGAGCCACAGUCCAGUCGGGCUACCCCGGCUUCUCCUACAUGUCAGCCCGAACCUACACCCUCGGAGCCUACAGGAAGUCCAGCGCCAAGCCUGAGGAGGAGGAAGAGGAGGCGGAGGUGGAGGAGAAGGAGGAGGAGGAAGAGGCAGAGGGAGAGGAGGGAGAGGAGGGAGAGGAGGAGGGAGAGGAGGAGGAGGGAGAGGAGGAGGUAGAAGAGGGAGAGGAGGGAGAGGAGGGAGAUGACCAGGAGGAGGGUGAGGAGGAGGAAGAGGAGGAGGAGGGGGAGAAGCCAAAGGAGAAAGAGGAGAAGGAGACGAAGAAGGAGAGCCCCACUGGCAAGAUCAGCAAGAGUUAAAUUGCCUGCGUCAUCAUCUUCAUCAUCAUCACUAACACAUUCCACAUCCCACCAAUCACUUAUAUGGAUCUGGUUACUCUAUACAUCAUCUCUGUCACACACACAAAAUUGUGCACACUCCAGAGGCCUAACACCUUCUGGCAUUUUCCCGUCUCUGUUUGCUCUGUAACUCAGAAUUGAUUAGUUUAGAAGGUAGUAGGUGUUCUACAAUGGCAGAUGAGUUUAAAUCAUUUAUAUACCCUGCGGGGGUCGUCGUGAUUUUACGUCCCGUAAGCGCAGAGAGACGUGCAGAACGCUAGCAUGAUGCCUCAAAGUUUCAUAAGUUUGAAUGAUUUUUCCUCUUGUCAGCAACAGCAAAUGUGCCAUUAAUGAAUAAUAUCCACAGUAAGAGCAAUCAACACCUUGAAAGUAACGAUUAGGUCAGCACACAGACUUUAAGAUAAAUGCACAGAUCCUG